CUGGAGCUAGAGAAAUGACAUCGCGCGAUAAGAAACCUUUCAAGUCCUCCAGCGGCAAGAUAGGCGGUAUCCGAACUCUUUCUGAUUUGAAUCGGCCGUCUAGUCACGACUCCGACAGCGACUCUGAUGGUCCUCAAGAAUACUACACUGGUGGUGAAAAGAGUGGAAUGCUGGUUCAAGAUCCUUCAAAGCGUAAUGAUGUAGAUGCAAUUUUUGAUAAAGUUAGGCAGUUAGGAGCAACUCAAGGUUCUCUGGAGAACGUCCUCCCUUCUUCAAGCUCAACAAGAUUCACUGGAAUUGGGAGAACUCUAACAGGGGAACCAGCCCAACCGAAUGCCCCUCAAGCACCUGAGUCAGUUGUGCACCAUAUUGUGUUUUGGAGAAAUGGGUUUACAAUAAAUGGUGGUCCUUUGAGGAGGUUUGAUGAUCCUGAAAAUGAGAUUAUUCUACAGAGUAUUCAAAAGUCUGAGUGUCCUAAGGAACUGGAACCUGCUGAUAAGAGGACCGUUGUCCAUCUCAAUCUCAUUAAGAGGGAGAAUAAUUGUCCUGAACCCGAGACGCACGACAAUGUUCCAUUUCAGGGCAUAGGAAGAACUCUGGGUGGCAGCUCAAGCCAGGCACCUAGUGAGCCGACUGCCCUUGACACUGCUCCAUCACCUUCAACGGGCUUAGUAAUUGACGAAUCAUUGCCUUCAACAUCAGUUCAGCUUAGAUUGGCCGAUGGGACCCGCAUGGUGGCUCGUUUCAACAAUCAUCACACCGUCGGUGACAUACGUGCCUUCAUAGAUGGAUCCAGGCCUGGUGUUAGCCAGUCAUAUCAGCUGCACACUGGUUUCCCCCCCAAAAUUUUGAGUGACACCACCCAAACCAUAGACGAAGCUGGACUGCUAAAUUCUGUGAUCAUACAGAAGUAAUUAUCAUCAGUUGCGGAAACCGGAGGCUUGUGUUUUUUAUUGCAUCCAACUUUAUAUGUAUAUGCCUAUAUUUACAUGUACAAACAAGCAAGGGUAAAAAUUACUCUGACUUCUGGGGAAGAUCAGCUUGUUGAUUUGUUAUGCAUGUGAUAUUCGUGUAAACCGAAGAACCCUUCAUUUUGGGUAUCCAAUGCACUAUUUAUCCUUCAAAAAGUUUAACCAGUCAUGCUUAUAAAUGGGCUGUCA